AACAGAAAACACAACCACAGGGACCUGAUUACAUUUACUUAUUGUCUGAUUUUCUGCACUAUUUCUCCCACGACUCAGGUUUAGGUUAUAACAAUGCUGGAGAAUUCUAAAGUAAGCAAUAAGACUACAUCAGACUUCCCAUAUUCCUUCACCGAGGAUGGGCGGCUCUGCCAUAUGGACACUAAGAAACCCUACAAGUUCCCAUUCCAGCUCAAAGAUGCCCAAGCGACUAUGAGAGAACAUACAUCUCUGUGCUGCUACAUCUCCCAGCAUGUGUAUAGCCUGCUUGAAGAAAAGUACAACCUGAUCAAGGUGUAUCUGGAUAAAAGUAACCUAUGUGAUUCCCAUCCACCUGGUUUUAUCUACAUGAGUCCAGGAGCUUUAGGACAUCAUGGGACACUGGUGGUCCUAAUCCAAAAUAAAGGCACUAUCAGGUGUGGCGUAUGGAGCUGGAGAGCUGUAGCCUAUGAAGGCCUAGAGAGAGGGAGUCAGAUCCCAUACGUGCGCUGGGCUUUGGCGGAGUCCUGUGCUGUUUUGUUACUGAACCCUAAUGAAGGAUUAAUGACCCCAGAGGAGCAUGUGCACCAAGUGUGGGAUCAGAUGCUCCUGAACAGCACUGCAGAGCAAAUCGCAGUAGUGGCACAUGGUUACGGAGGAUUAGCGUUUGUUCAUCUCCUGUGCUGUCGUUUGGAACAGAUCCAACAACGCAAGUGUGCUGUGGCUUUCAUCAACUCGUCGCACAGCCUCUGGCAUCAGCCACUUGGAACUUUAGGACGUGACUGGAUCAAGAAACAUUCCAGUACAUGGGUACUGAGCAGCAAACCAAAGAACCGCCUGGUGGGGUCUCUCAAGGCAGGGUGCAGGAUGAUGUCAGCAGGGACUCAGUGCCAUGAGACGGCACCUGCUGUGUGCAUGGAAUCGGUAUUUCGUUUCUUUGCCAAAGUGACGAAACCUGCGGUUGCUCCGACGCCAUUUGCCAUCAUUACUAGGAGCAGGAGCCUUGGAGCGAGAAAGCCAAGCGACACAACCGACCCAAACAAUAAUGCAUGCUUGAAUGAAGAUGCUUGUAUCUCAGAUGUGAACUUUAUUAAGAGAGAAUAAUUAGAACAGUUAUUUGUGUAUAAUGUUUGGUGGAAAUGUGCUUAUUAAAGAGCUUCAUGUACAUCGUGA